GGAGGAGUCCUGCGGCCGCGCGACGUUACGGAUUGACGUGACGUUUUUCCAAUCACAGGGCGAGUCUGCCGGUGGCCCCCGCCUCCAGAAUAGCUGGGCCCAAUGAAGAGCGAGUGGGCGGGGUCUGGAACGCGGCGCUUGGUUACAGAAUGUAACAGAGUUCGGUCCGCGUGAGGAUGGAGGCAGCGGGCGGGAGCUCGGUACCGGCACCGCGUCUUAAGGAGCUUUGCCGACACCAGCGGAGAGAAUCGGAGGUGAGCAUCAGUUUCGGCCGUGGUCCCACAGACAGACAACAGCAGGGUUCAUUGGAUCUCCCCAACCUAGAAUUUGAAUAUGGAGAUUCAGACAGCAUUGUUGCAGAACUGUCAGAGCUGUACAGUUACACUGAAGAGCCUGAAUUUGCUGCUAACAGGGAUUGCUUUGAAGAGGAUUUUGCAAUACAUGGAAGGGGCAAGAAAUGGGUAGAGUUGGAAGAAAAUGAGCAUAAAUCCUACUUGAUGAGGUUGCUGGAUGGAUUGGAAGUGAUCAAUAAGGAGAAGAGAAUUAAAUUUGCCAGAGCUAUACUUUAUCUGGCCCAAGGUGUGUUUGAUGACUGCUACACAGAAACUGAAGUAAUACAUUGGGCUCGAUACAAUGUCUUCCUUCUCUAUGAAAUGGGCACAUUUGGGGCAUUGGUGGAGCUGCUCAACAUGGAGAUCGAUAACAGCCAGACAUGCAGCAGUUCUCUGAGAAAACCAGCCAUCUCCCUAGCAGAUAGCACUGAACUGAGGGUGCUGCUCAAUAUUAUGUACCUGAUGGUGGAGAUCAUACGAUGUGAGGAUGAGGAUGACAAACCCGAGUGGAGCUCAGCCAGAGACGGAUUCCGGACUGAACUAAAUAUCUGUAAGGAUAUGUAAAGACGGGAUCCAAUCAUAGAACAUAGAACAAUACAGUGCAGAACAGGCCCUUUGGCCCUCGCUGUUGCGUCGACCUGGGAACUAA